AUGAACUUCACACCAUUUGGCAACACCUUCCCCGGCAGCAUUCCCGGCCUGCCGCAGUUUACGACGACAACGGCGCCCCUGGUGUCCACCGUGACGGCUGCGGUUGCUGAUGUGACGGUUACGGCAACCAAUAACCAACAGCAGCAGCAGCAGCAACAGCAAGAUGCCGGCGGCAGCAGCAAUCGUUACCAACAGCAGGCAACGACCAGCGUGGGCAUCGGGCACUUCAAUCAGCCAGUCAUGUCAGCCAUCGCCACCAUGCCAGCCACCCAGAGCAGCAGCAGCGGUAACAAGUUUCGCAGCGGUCAGGAUGACGCAAGCCAAGCCGACAAAUACAACGGCCAUCUGUUGACAGUGGCCAGCGGCAAUGCGUCGCAGCAGCAACAAUAUGCGACGCUGCCGAGUGCAUCCUUAACCUACGCACAGAAUACCACAACAAGUACAGCAGAUGCGCUACAGGCCAGUGGAUCAGGACAGCAGCAGCAACAACAGCAGCAGCAGCAGCAACAAUUGCAACAGCAACAAGUGGCCCCUCAGGAGCUGACACAAGAUCUGUGCAAUGCUAUACUGCAACAACAAGUGCUACAAAAUACCUCGUGGCAAACGCUUACGCCGGGCACCACAGUCGCCGACUACCUCUCACAUCUUCCAGCGAACACGCUCCCUCUGUCAUUGCAUCACUUCCUUAAGUACUCGGCGGAAACAAUCAAAAAGGAGAACCAGCAGAAUGUUGUGCUGCAGGUACAAACGGGACCAGCCAUUGGCAUAAACACGAUCGGCACCACAACCAUUACAAUACCUCAGCAGGAGCAGCAGCAGCAACAGCAAAUGCAACAGCAAACGCAGCAGCAACAGGCAACACUGCAGGUGCAACAAGUCCAGCAGCAGCAGCAGCAGCAACAGUUGUCUGGGGGUGCAGCUGUUACCGCGACGGUGACGGCCAGUAGUAGCACAGCUGCAGCCACCAGCACCAAGAAGAAGAAGCGCAAGAAGCGACCCAAGGAUCGCAAGCCAAAGCUGCGGCCGGGAGAGAUACGCCUGGGAACAGCUUUAGAUGGCAGUCCGCUUUACAUGUGCCCCGAGUGCCAUGUGGCCUAUCCGGAGCCAGAGCUGCUCGAAGUACAUCUGGUGGGUCACAAUCUGGAACGGCGUUAUGUGUGCGACAUCUGUCAGGCAUCCCUGAAGCGCAAGGAUCAUCUAACCCGCCACAAGCAGUCUCACAAUCCUGAGCGGCCCUACAUCUGUACGGUCUGCCUGAAGGCCUUUAAGCGGAAGGAGCAGCUUAGUCUGCACUUUGUCAUACACUCGGGCGAGAAACGGCAUCAGUGUCAGGAGUGCGGCAAAGGAUUUUAUCGCAAGGAUCACCUGCGGAAGCACACCCGCUCUCAUAUUGCCCGUCGCGUCAAGGCCGAGCUGAACAGUCACAUACGACGCGAGAACGGCACAAGCAUGUUGCAGCCGGUGGUUACAGCCGCCACCAUAACGGCGGUGCAGCACGCCAAUCAGCAGCAGCAACAGUUACAGCAACAGCAGCAACAACAACAGCAACAACAACAACAACAGCAGCAGCAACAACAGCAGCAGCAACAGCAACAACAACAACAACAGCUGCAACAGCAACAUCAACAGCAGCAUCAUGUUGUCGUCAGCCAGCAACAGACUCAGCAGCAGGUGGCAGGGCAACAGCAGCAAAUGCUUAAUUAGCCAAAUGAUUUUUGUAAAGUCAGUUAAAGCAAAAUUCAAAAAUCAAUCGACAGCAGUGCAAUUUGCUUCCAGCUUUCGAUCAAUCAAAUCAAAUAAUCUCGGUCCACGCAAUUUAAUUGACUCACACAAAUCGGAUAUCCACGACAAAUAUCAUUCACGAUACUACCAUAGUUCCAACAAUAACAAAUAGCGAACAUCCUCAGCAUUGUACAAUUAUUGUUACGCAACACAUUAUGGGGCGCCCAUUUGAGGCAGACAAUGAUAUGAAAACUAAAAACAAAAAAACUCAAGAUUUAUUUUUGAAACUAACUUCGUUCUCAAUCGAACCGGCAGUAUAGUACAAUGUUCUGCCAAAAUGCAAAUCGCUUCCAUUAUAUUUUAGAAAAUGUUUGUGUCAUCUGACCCUUUAAUGGGCGUCCAUGUAAAAAGUACAUUAAGAGAA